AUGAUAAGACUUAGAAAUAUUUUGAGCAGGUAUAAAACGAAGGGGCACUUCACAGAGGGGCCUGCAUAUGACUAUGGAAAUAGUGAAAAUUUAAUAUUAGGAAAAAGAAAAUUUAGUUCUUCUUCAUUAAAAGCAGCAAAUGAGAAGAAGGAAGAAAAAAAAAUGGAAAUAAAUAUUAUGAAAGAGCAAGAAUUACAUAAUGAUGUAUAUGACACAGUGGUUAUAGGUGGAGGUGUAACUGGUACAGCAUUACUAUUCUUACUAUCAAAAUUUACAAAUUUAAAAAAAUUAGCUUUAAUAGAAAGAAGAGAUGAUUAUGCGUUAGUAGCAUCCCAUGGAAAGAAUAACAGUCAGACAAUACACUGUGGUGAUAUUGAAACAAAUUAUACAUUUGAAAAAGCAAAAUAUAUAAAAAGAUAUGCUGACUUGUUAAGAAAUUAUUUAUCCAAUUUACCAAAAGAAAAGAGACAAGAUAUAUCUAGAGUAACUCAAAAAAUGGUAUUAGGGGUAGGGGAAAAAGAAUGUCAAUUUUUAGAGGACAGGUAUCCUAUAUUUAAGAAGUUAUUUAAAACUAUGAAAUUAUAUAACAAGGAAGAUAUAAGAGAAGUGGAGCCAAAGGUAGCAUUAAAGGAUGAUUACACACUCAGAAAUGAAAUGCUAUAUGCUUUAUACAUGCCACCAGAGUUGACUACGUGCGACUAUCAGAAGUUAUCGCGAAGUUUUGUCGAAUCGGCUUUAUGUUCUAGCGGCAGCGGCAGUGCUAGCAUUAAUUUUAACUACAACAGUAGUGAUAAUAGUGGUAGAGGUAGUAAUAGUGGCGGCAGCAGUCAUAGUAGCAGCAGCAAAAGUGGGCAUAGUAACAAUAAAAACAUCUCCAUCAACCUGUCGACGGAAGUGCUGAACAUAGAGGAGAUAAACGACAGUCUGUAUAAAAUAUAUACAAGUAAAGGAGUUAUAAAAGCACGGUUCGUUGUAGUAUGUGCUUGUGGUCAUUCUCUACUUAUAGCACAAAAAAUGAAUUAUGGAACGGAAUAUAGUUGUAUGCCAGUAGCAGGCAGUUUUUAUUUCACUGAUAAUAUAUUAAAUGGAAAAGUAUAUACAAUCCAAAAUCCAGCAUUGCCAUUUGCAGCAGUACAUGGCGAUCCGGAUAUUAUUGAGAAUGGAAAAACAAGAUUUGGUCCAACUGCUUUACCUUUACCCUUACUUGAAAGAGAUAAUAAAAAAACAAUAAUAGAUUUUUUAAAAGUAUGGAAUCCAGAUAUAAAUUUAUUUCAUGUCUAUUUUAAUUUGUUUAAAGAUAUGACUAUGUUAAAGUAUAUUUGUCGAAAUUUCUUGUUUGAAAUACCGAUAUUAAAUAAAUAUAUAUUUCUAAAAGAUGUAAGGAAAAUUAUACCAUCUUUAACAAUUAAUGAUUUGACAUACUGUGUUGGUUAUGGAGGGGUUAGACCUCAACUUAUAAACAAAAAAAGUAGAAAGCUAAUAUUAGGAGAAGGUAAAAUUGAUCCGGGUAAAAAUAUCAUAUUUAAUAUUACUCCUUCCCCUGGUGCUACAACCUGCUUAGGUAAUGGUGAGUUUGACAUGAACACUAUUUGUGAAAGGUUAAAUGCGACUGUAAACAAGGACCAAGUGAACAAGUUCCUCUAUCAGGGUGAGUACCCCGUUGAUUAUCUCUGA